UUCUCACUGACCGUAUAAAGACACCAGGAAGACUCUCUUGGCCUGGUCUGGAGCAGGUUAGCUCCAGAGAAUACAGCUCUGUUAUGAAACGGUAUAGGAUUAAAUAAGCCAUGAUUAUUGGAAAGUCCCAGCCUCACAAGUUAACCAGUCUGCUGGCGAGGCAGCUGCACCCUCUCAUUACAGACCUUUAUUUACAGAGAAUAAACAAAUGUGUUUAUGCUGCAGUAGCGUAGUGGGAUUUCCAAAGCUGCACACUGCUGAGUCAGCCUUAGAUCAGCUCAGAGACUCUUAGUGCUGAUCAUCUGUGAUUAGUUGUGGACACAUCCUUAAACUUCCUGUUUACAGAUGAUGAUGUGAACCAACAAGGACACAACUAAACAAACAUCACAUGGUUUUCAUCACCUGCAGUACUUGGCCUCUGAUGCAAACAUCUGAGGAAAGUUCAGCCAAUAAAUAAACUGGCUGCUGUAAGACUGUAUCUUCCCGAUGACCAGAAAGACAUAUAAACCACAGGGAGUGAGGACAUUUUGGGAAAGUGCUGACAUUUGGGGGGGGCUUAAUACCUGGUUGUAGUGAUGUGAUGGCAAAGGUUAGGUAUGAGGGGCAAGGGGAUGCAUUAUGUCUGAGUGUCCUCAGUUAGAAUGCUCCACAAGAAUGUGUGUAUGUGCAUGUGUUGUUCAGGUUACUUGUCUGAGCAGCUUUGUCCUGCAGUAAUGAUGGGCUUGCUGACCAGGCUCGGUCUGUGUGUGUGUGUGUGAGUGUGUGAGAGAAGAUAUAUAAGCGGCUCAUCAGUGGGAAGACGUAUGAAUCGGUGCAACCUGUUGACCCAUCUCUGCAGCUUCAGGUCGAGUCUUUGAGUCGCCAUGAGUCCAAAACACAUCGUCUUCAAGAAAGUUUCCCACGACAAGUCGGUGACGGUCUACAUGGCCAAAAGAGACUUUGUGGAUCACUGUGACUUUGUGGAUCCAGUUGAUGGCGUGAUCCUCAUCGAUCCACUGCAGCUGCAGGGAAGGAAAGUGUAUGUGAUGCUGUCCUGCACGUUUCGGUACGGCCGUCAGGACAUGGACGUGAUGGGCGUGGCCUUCAGGCGGGACCUGUUCCUGGUGACCCGGCAAGUUUACCCCGAGUUGCAGGACAAAGACACACUGACUCACACAAAGAUCCAGAAGAAGCUGCUGCAGAAGCUUGGAGACAACGCCUUUCCCUUCUUCUUCGAGUUUCCAGAUAACCUGCCAUGUUCCGUCACUCUGCAGCCAGGACCACUGGAUGUAGGAAAGAAAUGUGCGGUGGAGUUUGAGGUGAAGGCAUUCUGUGGUGAAAACAGAGAUGAGAAAAUCAACAAACAGAGUUCAGUUCGUCUGAGUAUCCGUAAGAUCCAGUUCAGUCCGGCACUCAGUGACGUGGCUCCGGUCGCAGAGACAACCUUUGAGUUCCUGAUGUCAGAGAAUCCACUGCAUGUCAAAAUGAGUCUGCCCAAAGAGACAUUUUACCAUGGCGAGCCGGUCAAAGUCAACGUUGACAUCACCAACUCGUCAAGCAGGAAUAUCAAAGACAUCAGUCUGUCAGUGGAGCAGGUGACCAACGUUGUUCUUUACUCCAACGACAAAUACGUCAAGUCUGUGGCCAUAGAGGAGACAGAGGACACAGUUCCUGCAGGGACAUCUCUGAGGACAGACUACACACUGUUUCCAGUCCUGGCUUACAACAGAGAACGUAGAGGACUGGCCCUGGACGGACGACUAAAACAUGAGGACACAAACCUGGCUUCAUCCAGCAUUGUGAAACAGGAUGUCCUGAUGGACGUCCAGGGAAUCCUUGUGUCUUAUAAGGUCGUGUUGAGGAUGAUCGCGUGUGGGACACUGACAUCAAGUGACGUGUGUGUGGAGCUUCCUUUCAAACUCAUGAAUCCAAAUCCUGAACCAGCCAAGGAUAGUGAGACUGAGGACAUGGUCUUUGAGGAGUUUAAACGAGCCUACCUGAAGGGUGUGGUCUAUGGAGAUGAUGACGAGUCUCCCACUGAGGCCUAAGAUAAAUGUCUGACAUGUCCCUGCAUCAUCGCCCUGACCGAGUUUACAACACUUAGUGCAUUUACAUGUAUGUUAAAAGUCCCACUUUAGUCGGUUUGAGAUAGUCUUAGUCGGACUAACAUACCUGGAUAAUGCAAUUCAUAGUCCGAUUACCCCAGCAUGUAUACACUUAGUCAGAGUGGAGUCAGCCUUGGCUUUCUGCACCAACGUUUUCUCCCCGGUCUUUGACCCUGAAGUAGAAGGAGACGACGUAUAAACUGCAUUACUGCUGCUGGAAAAGAACCAACAACACAAUGACGUCGGCGAGAGCGAAAGCUAAGGAGAAAACUUUUGGACUGAUGUACAGCAGGUACGAAACAUACAGAACAUACAGCACUGUCUAUCUCAUGUUAGCUGUUUUUCUGUGAUGUAAAGGUCAACAGGAAACUGAUUUUGCAAGUUGCCCAAUUUCCUGACUCAGUCGGGCUACAGUCCAAGCUUGAUUAAACAGUGCAUGUAAACAUACUGACUGUCCAGAGACUAAACACAAACAGUUUAGUCAAAAGACAGGAUUUGCCCUCUUAUGAAGUGCCCUCUAGUGCCCCUUUGUACAGUUACUGUAGUCUGCAGGGUGUGGGGAUAUGGGCUAAUAGGGACAUGUCUCACAGCAAGUCAGGACAGUGGGACAAACACUUGAUGACACACAGGAUCACAUGUAUGUUUUUAGACCUCUAGAGUGAUAUUUCAACUGUGUCUGAGGAAUCUCUGAAUUCAAACUGACAAGUUUCAACUCAGUCUGUACACGUGUAUGUGUAAUGUUUUCUAACUUCAUAUCUGUCUAUGUGUUGUUUGUCCACAUAUCAUCUGUCCCCUUGUCUUGUCCACAUGUCAUGUAGCCUGGUGUCAUACCUCCAUAUGACAACGGUGCACAUUAUUGUCACGUCGUUUGCCCACGUCUUGUGUCCUCAUAUUAUUGUGUCCACAUGAAUGUAGCAGCUUUUAAUUGCUGGUGGUGUAAUGAUGUAAUGACAUUUAGUGUUAUAAAUUAAAUGAUCCAGUUUCAGGUGUAAAUAUAA